AUGUCCCCAUCACCCCAGCCGCACCGGGGUGCCCGUGGAGCAAGGGCACGUAUCUGCAUACACUGCGGUCGGAGUUUCCGACGGACAGAGCAUUUGGAGCGGCACAUUCGCACCCACACCAAGGAGAAGCCGUUUAUUUGCUUCUGUGGGGCGGCCUUUACUAGAAGAGAUCUGUUAAAGCGUCACACGCGCAUCUCACAUCAAGAUGGACUGACCUCGCCGACGCCGCCCGAGCCAACGAUCAAGCCGGAUUUCCCGCCAACGCAUCAUCAUGCAUCCAUCCCGCAAUAUGAUACACCAACUAGGUCCGUACCCGUCGAAUCCCUUACAGGAUCAUCGGCUGUGCACCAAUGGGCUGGCGCACAGAACACGCAUUAUUUAGAACCGAAUCACAACGCCGGCAUGCUUCCUGCUGCUACUGCAGGGGGCCCGAACCCAGCCAUUGAUCCCCAUACGGGUAUGGUGCAUGAUCCGGAUAUGCUUCAGGCUGCCCAGCUGCUUCUUCCUGGCGAUUACCGACCUACAGGUACGUUUGACAACGACAACCGAUGCCUUGCCCGAAGAUCUGAAUCAUUUCCAGGAAUUCACACAUUUCUUGGAUUCAAUUGGCUUGCCGGGGAAUGGGUUCCUAGCGAAGGCGAAAAAUCUCAGACACAAGAUGUCAGCCUGGAAGAUGUGAAAGAGACAGGUCGACAGACCCAAGAGCACUAUGAGCGGUCACGACGAAGUGGAGAAGGUUCUCGGGGAGACUCACCAUUCAGAUCCUGGCUUCCAUCUGUCCCGAGGGGCGACCAAAGCCUUGGAACCCUGUCUGAUUCUGAACCACCCCAAAAUGCGAAGAGGUCGUCCCGAUUCAAUGUCACCGAGGACCAGCGCUUUCGUCUUGCGGCAUCUCUCGAAGAAUUUCGCAAUGUCAUUCCGGAUUUCGUCUUGCCGUCGCGCCACACACUGACUCGGUACCUUACUUCCUAUUUUGAAGGGUUCCAGCCACAUCUUCCGUUUAUGCACAUCCCGACUUUUCAUAUCAACGAACGUGCCCCUGAGGUGGUUCUUGCUAUCAUGACAAUCGGAGCCCAGUAUAGAUUUGAGCACCGCAAUGCGGAAAGAAUAUUCCACGUUUCCAAGGCUGUUCUAUUUGAACGGAUGUCCAGAGAGCCCCGUUUCCCGGCUAGGCCAACCUACAAUUCAGGCUCUCAAGUACCACUGGGAAUAUCUCCCUAUUCCAAUUUUGGUGAUCAGUCCCUCACGCAACCACAGGUAACAGCGGAAAGAACUGCUGCUUGGAGGCAGAUCGAAAUCACUCGCUGUCUGCUUAUUCUGAUGGGCUACGCCACGUGGGAAAACGCCAGACUGGUACAAGAAGCAUUCCAUCUCCAGGGCUUGUUGGUUCGACAUCUCCGCGAGGCUGGCUUGACAGAGGAUACGGCGCGUUCUGACCCACGCACACCCCUUGACUGGUACGAAUGGGCGGACCAAGAAUCCGCGCGGCGCACAAAGUUGAUUGCGUUCUGCUUUAUCCAUGUUCACAGUAUCGCAUACAAUGCUUAUCCAUCUUUGCGCAGCAAUGAGAUACACCUGCGUCUUCCAUGUUCUACCAGGGAGUGGACCGCUAGCACAGCUGCGGAAUGGGAAGUAGCCCAGCGAGAACGAGGUCCCCAGCAGUUGUUCUUCCAAGACGCGUUGACCCUCCUCCUGCAAAAGUCCCGAUCAGCCAAACCACUGAGACCCCAUCCCGGCUCCAUUGGGAAACUAUAUCCUCUUGCACGGACUCCUGCAACGAAUCCAUCUCAGGAACUGAAUAAACUAGAACGAGCUCUCCGUUCCUGGACCUCCGUGUGGCAACAAGCUCCGGAAUCCAGUCUAGAUCCACACAACGCAAACGGACCAAUCCCAUUCACCUCCAGUGCAUUCCUGGGACUCGCUUACGUCCGCCUAUCUCUAAAUCUCGGACCUCAUCGCCGCCUCGAGACCCGCGACCCGACAAUAAUAGCCACUGCGCUCCGGCGCUCUCCACGCCCAGAACGCAGCUACCGUCUCAUCCCGGCACUUAUAUACGCUGCCCAUGCCCUCAGCAUCCCCGUGCGUCUGGGCAUAGACCACAUUGCCCGCAGUCAAGCCUUCUUCUGGAGCGUGCGGCACUCGCUCGCUAGUAUUGAAUGUGCAGUUUUGCUAAGCAAAUGGCUGUUCACCAUUGCUGAGGCGGGUCCGGAUCAGUCCUUGAGUGAGAAUGAAACCCGCAUUCUACGGUGGACUCGCUGUAUUAUCGAAGAGGCGUAUUCAUCUAUUGAUACGGAUGAUGGCGAGGCGCCGCCAGAUCUUGAACCGGCUUCUUUGGGAUUGGCUGUCCUCAAGCUGUGGGCGAGGUUAUUUGGGACAAAUACUCAGUGGCCCUUUAUUAAUAUUCUUGGACAGAGCUUGCAAGAGUAUAUUACUAUGAUUUGA